AUGGGAGUGAAAGAGUGGAUGGGGUAUGAUCAAGUGCACAUUGUGGAUCCAAUUGGAUUAAGUGGUGGCUUGGCUUUGUUCUGGAAAGAUCUGUACCGUGUAGAGAUUCUGCAGUCUGAUACACGAGUGAUUGAUACCAAAGUUAGUCAAGGCUCCAUGGUUUUUUAUAUCACUUUUGUUUAUGGAGAUCCAGUGCGUGAUUUUAAUGAAAUAAUGGAUAACUCAGAAAUAUUGGGUGGACCGAGGAGACCUGAAAGUUCUUUCUAUCCGUUCAGAACUAUGGCGAGAAGCAGCAGGAUUAAAGAAAUCCCUAGUUCUAGAAAUAAACUCUCUUGGGGUGGUAGAAGAGAAAAUGUAUGGGUACAAUGUCGGUUGUAUAGAAGUUUUGGGAAUAGUAAGUGGUUUAGGCUGUUCCCGCGAAGCCACACAGAGUAUUUAGACCUUAUGGGAUCUGAUCAUCGACCAAUAAUUACAAGAUUAGUUGGUGAGAGCACAAGGUUUAAAGGUAGGUUUAUCUUUGUAAAGCGGUGGAUCAACAAGCCGGAAACAUUGGAGAUUAUCAAAGAGCAGUGGGCUUUGGAAAAUGGCUGUCAGUGUAAAUCAGUUCAGGGUGGUCUAACGCGGUGCAGGAAGGCUAUAGCUAGAUGGAAAAGAGAACAUCCUUCUAAUUCUUUGACACAAAUUCAGCAUUUGCGUAAGGAUCUUGAAGAGGAGUCUACAAAGCAGUUCCCCAGCUUCCACAAACUACGCCAAAUCAAAUGGGAGCUUACAUUAGCGUUUAUGGAGGAAGAGAAUUAUUGGCGAUCUAAGAGUCGUGAGUCAUGGCUUCAGGCAGGUGAUAAGAACAAGGUGUUCUUCCAUGGUGCGGGUUCGAAAGGUAAUAUUGCUGCGGAGUAUUUCAUAGAAUUGUUCAAAUUCUCGAAGCCUGAUAGUUUUGAAGAGUUAUUGGAGGGUAUGGAGCCAAGAGUUACGGAGGAGAUGAAUCAACAUCUGAUGGCCCCGGUUACAGCUCAAGAAAUCAAAGAGGCUGCCUAUAACAUCAAGGGUGACAGCGCUCCAAGAGCAGAUGGUUGGACAGGGGCCUUCUUUCGAAGGUAUUGGACAGUAGUGGGGCCUGACAUUGUCACAGAGGUCAGGAGAUUUUUGCAACUGAUUGUCUCCAAGGUCUUAUGUACGCGGUUGAAAAAGUGUCUACCGUCAUUGGUUUCAGAGACUCAGGGGGCUUUUGUCUCGGGGCGUCUUAUCUCAGAUAAUAUACUCAUUGCACAUGAGAUUGUACAUGCACUUCGCACACAUGCUAAAUUCAACUCAGAGUAUAUUGCCAUUAAAACGGAUAUUUCAAAAGCCUACAACAAAGUUGAGUGGGAGUUUCUCAAACAAUUGUUGACCAAGAUGGGAUUCAAUGAUCAGUGGGUCAAAUGGAUUAUGAUGUGUGUUACAUCUGUGACGUACUCGGUUUUAAUAAAUGGUAGUGCAUUUGGUUUUGUUAAACCAGAGAGGGGGAUCAGACACGGGGAUCCUCUGUCUCCUUUUCUUUUCAUACUAUAUGCAGAGGCUCUCAUACAUGUCAUGGAGAAACGGAGAUUACAGGGAAAGCUCACUGGGUUCAGCUUUAAUGAGUCAUGCCCUGUAGUUCAGCAUUUACUUUUUGCAGAUGAUAGUUUGCUCAUCUGUCGUGCAUCUGGCCAACAGAUCAACUUUGCUAAGUCCACAAUCACUUUUGGAAGCAAGACGCCUGCAACAGUUAAAACAGAGGUUAAACAAAUUCUGGGGAUUACGGCUGAAGGUGGGGCAGGCUCAUACUUAGGAUUACCAGAGUGUUUUUCCGGCUCUAAACAAGCUCUCCUGGCCUUUAUUGGAGAUAAGCUCAAGAAACGGUUGUAUGGUUAG